CUGGCCACCCCUGCCGGUUCCCCACGGGAGGACAAGUCCCACAGGCCCCUGCCAUGGCCCCCUGGCGCAGGACUGACAAGGAGCGGCAUGGUGUGGCCAUAUACAACUUCCAAGGCAGUGGAGCCCCCCAGCUCACUCUACAGAUCGGCGAUGUGGUGCGCAUUCAGGAGACCUGUGGUGACUGGUACAGGGGAUACCUCAUCAAACAUAAAAUGUUGCAGGGAAUUUUCCCUACGUCUUUCAUCCACAUCAAGGAAGUGACAGUUGAGAAAAGAAGAAACAUAGAGACCAUCAUUCCUGCGGAAAUCCCACUAGCUCAAGAAGUGACAACGACGCUGUGGGAAUGGGGGAGCAUCUGGAAGCAGCUCUAUGUGGCCAGCAAGAAGGAGCGCUUCCUCCAGGUGCAGUCCAUGAUGUACGACCUGAUGGAGUGGAGGUCCCAGCUGCUCUCGGGGACCCUGCCCAAGGACGAGCUGAAGGAGCUGAAGCAGAAAGUCACGUCCAAGAUUGACUACGGCAACAAGAUCCUUGAGCUGGAUCUGAUCGUCAGAGACGAAGAUGGUAACAUCUUAGACCCCGACAGCACGAGUGUCAUCAGCCUGUUCCACGCCCACGAGGAGGCCACAGGCAAAAUCACAGAACGUAUCAAGGAAGAGAUGUCAAAGGACCAGCCGGAUUACGGGAUGUACUCGCGGAUGUCCUCAUCCCCUACCCACAGCCUCUACGUCUUUGUGAGAAACUUCGUGUGCAGAAUUGGGGAAGACGCCGAGCUCUUCAUGUCCCUCUACGACCCAAACAAGCAAACCGUCAUAAGCGAGAACUACCUGGUGCGGUGGGGCAGCAAGGGCUUCCCGAAGGAGAUCGAGAUGCUCAACAACCUGAAGGUGGUCUUCACGGAUCUUGGAAACAAAGACGUCAACAGGGAGAAGAUUUACUUGGUCUGUCAAAUAGUCCGAAUCGGGAAGAUGGAUCUCAAGGAUCCUAACACAAAGAAGUGCACCCAGGGACUGAGGAGGCCUUUUGGGGUGGCAGUGAUGGACAUAACAGACAUCAUCAAGGGAAAAUCAGAGAGUGACGAAGAGAAGCAGCACUUCAUUCCCUUCCAUCCGGUUACAGCUGAAAAUGACUUCCUGCACAGCCUGCUGGGCAAAGUCAUAGCUUCCAAAGGAGACAGCGGAGGGCAAGGCCUCUGGGUGACCAUGAAGAUGCUGGUGGGUGACAUCAUUCAGAUCCGCAAGGACUACCCACACCUGGUGGACAGGACCACCGUGGUAGCCCGGAAGCUGGGCUUCCCGGAGAUCAUUAUGCCAGGGGAUGUCAGGAAUGACAUCUACGUCACUCUCCUACAAGGUGACCUGGACAAGUCCAACAAGACCACGCAGAGGAACGUGGAAGUGAUCAUGUGUGUGUGUGCUGAGGACGGCAAAACGCUGCCCAACGCAAUCUGUGUGGGAGCUGGGGACAAACCCAUGAACGAGUAUCGCUCUGUCGUGUACUACCAAGUCAAGCAGCCACGAUGGAUGGAAACAGUCAAGGUGGCUGUCCCGAUUGAGGACAUGCAAAAGAUACACCUGCGAUUUAUGUUUCGGCACCGAUCGUCCCUGGAAUCUAAAGAUAAAGGAGAAAAGAACUUCGCCAUGUCCUAUGUGAAGCUGAUGAAAGAGGAUGGGACCACCCUGCAUGAUGGAUGCCAUGACUUGGUUGUCCUCAAGGGAGACAGCAAGAAGAUGGAGGAUGCCAGCGCUUACCUGACUCUUCCUUCUUGUCGACACCUGGUGGAAAACAAGGGGGCCACCUUGAGCAGGAGCUCCAGCAGUGUUGGGGGGCUCUCUGUCAGCUCCCGGGAUGUAUUUUCCAUUUCUACCCUGGUGUGCUCCACAAAGCUCACCCAGAAUGUGGGGCUGCUAGGUUUGCUGAAGUGGCGUAUGAGACCCCAACUGCUGCAGGAGAAUUUGGAAAAGUUGAAGAUUGUGGAUGGAGAGGAAGUGGUAAAGUUUCUCCAGGACACUCUGGAUGCCCUCUUCAACAUCAUGAUGGAGCAUUCUCAAAGUGACGAGUAUGACAUCCUCGUCUUUGAUGCUUUGAUCUACAUCAUAGGACUCAUUGCAGACCGGAAGUUCCAGCAUUUCAACACCGUUCUGGAGGCUUACAUUCAGCAGCACUUCAGUGCUACAUUGGCGUACAAGAAAUUGAUGACCGUGCUCAAGACGUACUUGGAUACCUCCAGCCGAGGAGAGCAAUGCGAGCCUAUCCUAAGAACCCUGAAAGCUUUGGAAUACGUGUUCAAGUUCAUUGUUCGAUCUAGGACAUUGUUUUCACAGCUUUAUGAAGGCAAAGAGCAGAUGGAGUUUGAAGAAUCCAUGAGACGACUCUUUGAAUCCAUCAAUAAUCUGAUGAGAAGUCAGUAUAAAACCACCGUCCUUUUGCAGGUGGCUGCUUUGAAAUACAUCCCAUCUGUCCUCCAAGACGUGGAAACGGUCUUUGAUGCCAAGCUGCUCAGCCAGCUCCUGUACGAGUUCUACACCUGCAUCCCGCCUGUGAAGCUGCAGAAGCAGAAAGUGCAGUCUAUGAACGAGAUUGUGAGGAGCAACCUGUUUAAAAAACAAGAGUGCCGGGACAUCCUGCUUCCUGUCAUCACCAAGGAGCUGAAGGAGCUGCUGGAGCCGAGGGACGAGGGCCAGCACCAGCUUCCGGAGAAGAAGUACUGUGUGGAGCUCCUGAGUAGCAUCCUGGAGGUCCUCAGCUCUCAGGACGCAGCCUUCACCUACCACCACAUCCAAGAGAUCAUGGUCCAGCUGCUCCGCACAGUGAACCGGAUGGUCAUCACUAUGGGACGGGACCACAUUCUGACUAGUCACUUUGUGGCAUGUAUGACGGCCAUCUUGGACCAGAUGGGUGACCAACACUACUCCUUCUAUAUUGAGACCUUCCAGACCAGCUCAGACCUUGUGGACUUCUUGAUGGAGACUUUCAUCAUGUUUAAAGACCUCAUCGGGAAGAACGUGUACCCUGGGGACUGGAUAGCGAUGAGUAUGGUCCAGAACAGGGUCUUCCUGAGAGCUAUCAACAAGUUCGCAGAAACCAUGAACCAGAAGUUUCUGGAACACAUGAACUUUGAGUUUCAGCUAUGGAACAACUAUUUUCACCUGGCAGUGGCUUUUAUCACCCAGGACUCGCUACAGCUGGAGCAAUUCUCGCACGCCAAGUACAACAAAAUCCUGAACAAGUACGGGGACAUGAGACGGCUGAUUGGCUUCUCUAUCCGGGAUAUGUGGUACAAGCUUGGCCAGAACAAAAUCUGCUUCAUCCCAGGCAUGGUGGGACCGAUAUUAGAGAUGACACUUAUCCCCGAGGCUGAGCUCCGGAAAGCCACCAUACCAAUCUUCUUUGACAUGAUGCUGUGUGAAUACCAAAGGAAUGGAGAUUUCAAAAAGUUUGAAAAUGAGAUCAUCCUGAAGCUGGACCACGAGGUGGAAGGGGGCCGCGGGGACGAGCAGUACAUGCAGCUGCUGGAGUCCAUCCUGAUAGAGUGUGCCGCUGAGCACCCCACAAUCGCCAAGUCAGUGGAGAACUUUGUGACGCUGGUCAAAGGGCUGCUGGAGAAGCUGUUGGAUUACCGGGGUGUGAUGACAGAUGAGAGCAAAGACAACCGUAUGAGCUGCACCGUGAACCUGCUGAAUUUCUACAAAGAUAACAACCGAGAGGAGAUGUACAUAAGGUACCUAUACAAACUCCGUGACCUUCACCUGGACUGUGACAAUUACACCGAAGCUGCCUACACGUUGCUCCUUCACACCUGGCUUCUCAAGUGGUCAGACGAGCAGUGUGCAUCCCAGGUCAUGCAGACAGGCCAGCAGCACCCCCAGACCCACCGGCAGCUCAAGGAGACACUCUACGAGACCACCAUAGGCUACUUUGACAAAGGAAAGAUGUGGGAAGAGGCCAUCGGGCUGUGCAAGGAGCUGGCAGAACAGUACGAGAUGGAGGUCUUUGACUACGAGCUGCUCAGCCAGAACCUGAUCCAGCAGGCGAAAUUCUAUGAAAACAUCAUGAAAAUUCUCAGGCCCAAACCGGACUACUUUGCAGUCGGGUACUAUGGCCAGGGAUUCCCCUCCUUUCUACGGAACAAAGUGUUCAUCUACCGUGGGAAGGAGUAUGAGCGGAGGGAGGACUUCCAGAUGCAGCUCAUGAGCCAGUUCCCCAAUGCAGAGAAGAUGAACACGACCUCAGCCCCAGGGGAGGAUGUGAAGAACGCUCCAGGCCAGUACAUCCAGUGUUUCACUGUCCAGCCUGUCUUGGAUGAACACCCCAGGUUCAAGAACAAACCAGUGCCUGACCAGAUCAUAAACUUUUACAAAUCCAACUACGUGCAAAGGUUCCACUACUCCCGGCCUGUGCGCAGGGGCGCCGUAGACCCUGAGAACGAGUUUGCUUCGAUGUGGAUCGAGAGGACAUCCUUCAUCACUGCAUACAAGCUGCCUGGCAUCCUGCGCUGGUUCGAGGUGGUCCACAUGUCACAGAUCACAAUUAGCCCCCUGGAGAACGCUAUCGAGACCAUGUCCACAGCCAACGAGAAGAUCCUGACGAUGGUCAAUCAGUACCAGAGCGAUGACAGCCUCCCCAUCAACCCGCUGUCCAUGCCUAAUGGGAUCGUGGACCCCGCCGUCAUGGGAGGCUUCGCCAAAUACGAGAAGGCCUUCUUCACUGAGGAGUAUACCAGGAACCACCCUGAAGACCAGGACAAGCUGAACCGGCUCAAGGACCUGAUUGCGUGGCAGAUCCCCUUCCUCGGAGCUGGAAUUAAGAUCCAUGAGAAAAGGGUAUCAGACAAUCUGCGGCCCUUCCAUGACCGGAUGGAGGAGUGUUUCAAGAACCUGAAGGCGAAGGUGGAAAAGGAAUAUGGUGUCCGAGAGAUGCCCGACUUCGAGGACAGGAGACUGGGCCGCCCCCGGUCCAUGCUUCGUUCCUACAGGCAGAUGUCCAUCAUCUCGCUGGCGUCCAUGAAUUCUGACUGCAGCACUCCCAGCAAGGCUACCUCAGAGAGCUUCGACCUGGAGGUCGCACCACCCAAGACCCCGAGAGCAGAGGGGGAGCCUAUCUCCCCAGGGAGCACCCUGCCCGAGGUCAAGCUGCGGCGCUCCAAGAAGCGAGCCAAGAGGAGCAGCGUGGUGUUCGCCGACGAGAAGGCAGCGGCCGAGUCCGACCCGAAGCGGCUUUCUAGAAAGCACGAGUUCAUGAGUGACACCAACCUCUCAGAGCACGCAGCCAUUCCUCCCCGCGCAUCCAUCCUCUCUCAAAUGAGUUUUGCCAGCCAGUCUAUGCCCACCAUCCCAGUCCUCACGCUGUCAGUGGCAGGCAUUUCUGGAUUGGAUGACACCAACACAUCUCCCCGCCUCAGCCAGACCUUCCUCCAACUCUCAGACGGUGACAAGAAGACGCUAAAAAGGAAGAAGGUCAAUCAGUUCUUCAAGACGAUGCUGGCCAGCAAAUCUGCUGAAGAAGGCAAGCAUCUCCCAGACUUCGUGUCCACUGAUCUGUAAGAUGCCACAAGCACUGCUGCACAGGGGGACGCUUCCAGAAGUGGAGAUGCAUGGGUAGACUGCCCCUACACAUUGUCCUCACUUGGAAGCGACAGAGGGGCCAAGUGGACCCCAGAACUUGAACGGCGGGGAGCUCAGCAUCCUCUGGGGCAGCCCCACACUGGAUUCUCGGACUGCAAGGAGCCAGCAUGCUCUCCCAAGCACCCUGUAUAAGCAGAGCUGUGUUUUACUUUAUUUUCUAACAGAAUUUCAUUUUUAGUUAACGGUUUUCUACUUUACAUUUUUUAAUUUUUCUACCUGAUAAUCUCCAAGGUGUUGUUCUUUCUU